GGCCCCCGGAGCCGCCGGGCGCGCGGGCAGAAAGGACCGCGGCGGGGCCGAGUCGCGGCUGGGGCUCCGGGGCCCCGCGCGGUGGACGCGUCCGGGGCGGAGCCAGCGCCGCCGCCGCCGCCGCCAUCGCCAUCGCCAUCGCCAUCGCCAUGAUCAUCCCCGUGCGCUGCUUCACCUGCGGCAAGAUCGUCGGCAACAAGUGGGAGGCCUACCUGGGGCUGCUGCCCGAGUACACCGAGGGGGACGCCCUGGACGCCCUGGGUCUGAAGCGCUACUGCUGCCGCCGCAUGCUGCUAGCACACGUGGACCUGAUUGAGAAACUACUCAACUACGCACCGCUGGAGAAGUGACCGAGGGAUCCUGGCCUCCUCUGCUGACCGUGGCAGUCAGCGCCGCACUGAGUUCAAGAUGAGACCGCCGGCAGUCUGGAGCAAUGCCUGCCUGCAGUGCUGUCACCGCAUAGCUCCCAUUCUGGACAGAAGCACCCAGUAAAGCUCUCUAUCGACCCUCCAA